CUCUGCACGUUCAUGUUCGUCGUCACCUCCGGAUUCCCCGAAAUAGACAAAUUCGCCCACACCACACCCUCCGCCGCUGCACGCCUCCACGCCUCGCCCACCCAUAGGCCAUAGCCGGUAGAUACUUUCAUCAAAGAUAGCACACAGGAUUCGCCCCGCCGGUUCGCGUGAAAAGGAGCCGACGAAUCCACCUACCCGCAUUCGGGCUCCAGCGCCACCCCGUGCCAUCGGGCUGCGUCCGCUAACGACCGCCCGUUCGCGCAGGGCCCAGGGUGUGGGAGGGAGCAAUGGUCGCUGGGAUGGAGGCGGAGGAAGGGGUGAUGGCGACGGACUUCUUCUGGUCGUACACGGACGAGCCGCACGCGUCGCGCCGCCGGGAGAUCCUGGCCAAGUACCCGCAGAUCAAGGAGCUCUUCGGCCCGGAUCCGUGGGCCUUCCUCAAGAUUGGUUUGGUCGUGUCGCUUCAGCUAUGGACUGCUACAUUCCUCCGUGACGCCAGCUGGCUGAAGCUACUGACGGUGUCCUACUUCUUCGGGUCGUUUCUAAACCACAACCUGUUCCUGGCCAUCCACGAGCUGAGCCACAACCUUGCCUUCGCGACCCCAUCCCUGAACCGCUGGCUGGGCAUCUUCGCGAACCUCCCCAUCGGUGUGCCCAUGUCCAUCACGUUCCAGAAGUACCACCUGGAGCACCACCGGUUCCAGGGCGUGGACGGCGUGGACAUGGACAUCCCGAGCCAGGCGGAGGCGCGCGCCGUGAGGAGCGCCGCCGGCAAGUCCGCGUGGGUCGUGCUCCAGCUCUUCUUCUACGCUCUGCGGCCGCUGUUCCUGAAGCCGAAGCCUCCGGGCCUGUGGGAGCUGACCAACCUGGCGGCCCAGGUCGGCCUCGACGCCGGGCUCGUGUACCUGUGCGGCUGGAGGUCGCUGGCCUACCUUGUCCUCUCCACGUUCGUCGGCGGCGGCAUGCACCCCAUGGCGGGCCACUUCAUCUCGGAGCACUACGUGUUCAGCCCCGAGCAGGAGACCUACUCGUACUACGGGCCCCUGAACCUGGUGGCGUGGCACGUGGGGUACCACAACGAGCACCACGACUUCCCCAGGAUCCCGGGCACCCGGCUGCACAGGGUGAAGGAGAUGGCGCCGGAGUACUACGACGGCCUCGAGUCGUACAGGUCCUGGAGCCAGGUCAUUUACAUGUACAUCAUGGACCGGACGGUCGGCCCGUUCAGCCGGAUGAAGAGGAAGGCGCAGAAGAAAGACUCGUAGUCGCCGUGUGCUCAAUUUGUUUUUUUUUUGGUCGCGUGUGAUGUGAACUCAUGUUUGGUGUAAGCAUUUCGAUUCGUCGGAACAGCUUGUUUGUGAUAUCAAUGGCUCGUUUUUUCGUGCUGGAUCCACCGUGCCCAGCACGAGCUGUCAAAA